AUUCGCCUUGAUUGAAUGGAGACGUUAUUUGGUAUCGACUUCAGAAAAAUUUAGAGCCCUGUAUACGAAUCUUAUCGAUAUUUAUUUGACGUUUUGAGGGCAUUGUGUUGUUAUAGAUAUAAAAUUGAAGUGAUUUUCUGAAAUUUACCCUUGGCUAAAAAGGGGUUCUGAAGGAAUGAGUAAAAAUUACAGCAAGGAUUGUUUGGGGCUUCGCUUACGGAUAACCGCACUUCAUCAAACUUGGAAGUGGUUACAUCAAACAGCUGCGUUACACGAAUAUUUGAUAUCUGUUACGACAGCUAGCUCGGCAGGCACUUACUGUGAUAAGAAUUUUGAUACUUUUCAAGGUCGCCAAAGAACAUAGAGCUACAAAAAUAUUUACGUAUAUAUUACGAUAAUAUUAGAAAACAUUGUUUUUAAAAGAACAUUUCUCUUAAUUACCAAGUAGAAAAUGUGUAGUGCCUGCUAAAUAAAAAAUCGAAAUUGAAUUAAAAAGUAAUAAAAACUCUCGUUGUUUCAACCGUUGCUACGUUUUUAUAUUCAUCAUGAAUACAGUAGCUGUCACAGGUUUUAAAAGGGGGAUCCAUAAGUGCCUCUUGCAUAUGUUCGAAGAAAGUCAUAUAAAAGUGUCGUAUAAUUGUUUCCACACUAUGAAUAAAAAUCAAGAAAAGCAUACUCCUAAAAACUAUGGACUACCCCCAUCAUCAUUUAUAACUAAAUCAGCAAAGAACUCUUCGCAGAAAUCCGAAAAUUCUGAAGUUUCUGAUGCAAACAUUAAAAAAUCUGUAUUUAUUUCACAGUCGCAUGAUAUAUUCACCAAUUUGGCCUUAGAGGAUUGGUUGUACAGAAAUUUUGAUUUUCGAACACACCAUGUGUUAUUGCUAUGGGUUAAUGAUCCAUGCGUGGUUAUUGGCCGUCACCAAAAUCCAUUUAUGGAAACAAACGUUUCAAAAUUACAUUUACAAGAUGUUACAAUGGCGCGCCGUAACAGCGGUGGUGGAGCGGUUUAUCAUGAUCGUGGUAACCUUAAUUGUACAUUUUUCACACCACGUGAACGUUAUAAUAGAAAAUACAACUUGAAUAUACUCACAAGGGCCCUGUUUCGAGAAUGGGCAAUAAAAUCUGAAAUAAAUGAGCGUGACGAUGUAUGUAUCAAUGAAAAAAAGCUUUCUGGAACGGCUGCGAAAUUAGGAUUCCCGAAUGCUUACCAUCAUUGCACGCUUCUAGCCAACACUAAUAAAUCGAAUCUUGGAAAUUGUUUAAGCAAGGAAAAGGUCAAUUACAUCAGUAAUUCUACUCAAUCCGUGCGUUCGCCAAUUAAAAAUUUAUGUGAAAUUAAUCGUAAUGUUAAUAUCUCGCAAUUAAUAUCUGCAAUUGGUUACGAAUACUUAAGGACAUUCGCCACAGAGUUACAAGAUGGUGGUAAUCAGCAAAUAAUGAAACAACGCGGAUUCCAACUAAUCAAUCCAACAGAAAAGUGGUUCCCAGGAAUUACUGAUUUAAGAACAGAGUUCAAUUCUUGGGAAUGGAUUUUUGGGAAGACUCCAAAGUUUACAGUGGAAAAAGACUUAUUUUUAAAGGAUCAAGACAAACAACAUAAGAUGAUUCUUAAUGUACAAGUAGAAAAGGGGUUAAUUAACGAUGUAUCGAUUACGAUGCCUAAUGGAGAACGUCUACCAGUUGUGUCUACUUUACAGAACCAAUUUUACAACGAGGAGAAUUUAAAUAAAAUUAUAAAUGCUCUUAAGUUGGCUUCUACAGACAAUAUAAUGCAAGCUAUAAAUGGCCAUUAAUGUGACGAAAUUUUUUAUUACUUUUUAAAUAAAUGGCUUUUAGCCACAUGAUUAGUUAA